GAAAGCAGACAGAGAAAAAGAACCGUGAGUCACCGAAGAAUCAGGCCUGGACGAAACCUCCAAAAGGAAGCAGAGGAAGGAGAGGGUUUUUUCCUCUUUUAUUUAUUUAUAGACUGUGUUUACUCCCAAAGGAGGCGCACAUCCAGCUGUGAGAAGUUGAAUGUUUUACACCUCAUAGUCCGCCAGAAGAAACAUCUCCACCGUUCUUUUCUUUCUCUGAGAAGACACACAACUAAAAGCAGCGAUGAUGCCCUCUCUCCUCCAGGCCUACAGAAGGCGCUGGUGGAUGGCGGUGACGGCGGUACUAGAGAACCUGCUGUGUUCGGCUGUACUCCUGGGCUGGGGAUCCCUACUGAUCAUGCUCAAAAGAGAAGGUUUCUACUCACACCUGUGCUCAGUAAACGACUCUGUGGUCGUGACUUUGGGGAACUCCACCAGUGGAGAUGUGGAGGAGUGGCUCAGCUGUGUGGACCAGGAGGAGAUGCUGAAUCUGGGCUUCACGAUCGGCUCCUUCUUGCUCAGUGCCACCACUCUGCCUCUUGGUAUCCUGAUGGAUAAGUUUGGGCCUCGACCCAUUCGCCUCAUGGGCAGCUCAUGUUUUGGCUUGUCCUGUGCUAUGAUGGCACUGUCCGCCUAUGACCCUGAAACGCUGUCCGCACUCAUCUUCUUGGCUCUGUCACUUAACGGCUUCGGAGGCAUCUGCCUAACGUUCACCUCGCUUACGCUUCCUAACAUGUUUGGCGCUCUGAGUUCCACUGUCAUGUCUCUGAUGAUCGGCUCCUACGCCUCCUCUGCUGUCACCUUCCCUGGAGUCAAACUGAUCUACGACGCAGACGUGUCCUUCCAGGUGAUCAUGGGAGUGUGGGCAGGACUUGCUGCAUUUGUCUUUGUCAACUGUUUCCUCAACUGGCCCACAGAGGGUUUUCCUACACCUGAUGAAGUGGACUACAGUAAGAUCAACACACUGCUAGAGCUGCCGUCAUCAGAGCAGAGGGGCGCUGCAGAGAGACUGGGCCAGAAAAACGGAGACGUCCACCACCACUCCACAGAGAAACUUCCUCAAGGGCCUGAAGUUGCACCUAAUGCCGUUCCUUUCCGUCGGUCUGUUUUCUCUCCCAUCUUCCUGUGGAGUCUGGUUACCAUGGGCAUGUCCCAGUUGAGGAUUAUCUUCUUCAUGGGGGCGAUGAACAAGAUGUUGGAGUUCAUGGUGACUCAUGGAGAAGAGCAUCCAUCUGACGAGCUGGUCAUUGAGGCAGAAGAAAAAGUGAGUUUCUACUCGUCCAUCUUCGGUACACUGCAGCUGCUUUGCCUCGUCACUUGUCCUCUGAUUGGUUAUAUCAUGGACUGGAAGAUGAAGGAGUGUGAAGAGGAGAAGACUGUCCCAUCAGACACAGAAAAGAGAGAAUGUAUCGUGCCCAAAAGAGACCGUAAGAUCCAGAAGGUGACCAAUGCCAUGAGGGCCUUCAUCCUCACCAACAUGCUGCUUCUUGCUUUUGGAUUCUGCUGCCUCAUAGACAACCUGCCUCUACAGAUCUUGACCUUCAUCCUCCACACCAUGGUCCGAGGCUUCAUUCACUCCUGCUGCGGAGGCCUUUACGCUGCCGUAUACCCAUCCAACCACUUUGGCACCCUGACUGGUCUCCAGUCCAUGAUCAGCGCUGUGGUCGCUCUGCUACAGCAGCCGCUCUUCAUCCUCAUGGUCGGACCACUGAAAGGAGACCCCCACUGGAUCAACCUGGGCCUGCUGAUCUUCUCGCUGACUGGCUUCCUGUUGCCGGGUUACCUGUUCUACCAUCGCAGACAGCUGAUGAGGGAAAACGAGGCCAGAAACAAGAGAACCACGGGCCAGGAGAUGCAGGCACUCAACCACACCGAGGCCAACGGCUACAAGCCCCACAGCAACGGCGUCACAGCUGUGGAGGCCUGAAGCGUCCCCACAACCAACAAUAUAUUUUUAUAUGUGCCUUUAAAUUAGCACCAGCAGUCUACGCAUCCAUUUGGUUUUUAAAUUUCCAAUGUCUUUUGGUCAUUGCUGGUAUAAACUUUGUUCAUUACUAACCAUUUUACAUAUCAAGUAGGAUCCCCUGUGUUUUAUAUCUCAGACAGAUGUGUCAUUCAUCAUCAUGUUUGUGUAUAUUUAUUUUGGUUUUGUUCAAAGAGGCAAAUUAGGGUGAUUUUAAGCCAUAGAUUUCACUCACAAGCACAUGCAACGCAUAUGUCCUUGUGUGGCCUCAUUGUCAAACUAAGGACAUCACGGUACUUGAAAAUUAUUUAGUUCUUUUAAUCAGCAAAAUCAUUGCUAAAACCAAAGAAAAGCUUAACUAUAUUAAGACAGUUGCAUGUUCUUUAUAUUUCAGUAUUGUUUGGAAAAUGUACUUGACCGUGAGUAAAGUGCUGUUUCUACUGUAACCCCCCUGUCCCCCCUAAAAAAAAAAAAAAACUACAAACAAAUGUAUUAAACACUAGUAAAAGUAUUCAAGCUAUUAACUGAAAGCAUUUACAAA